AAAGUGAACCCCUCACUAUGCCGUAGCUCUACAGAUGUAGUAUUUGUAACCUCAUAUCAUCAUAUAAAGUGCCAUUCCCCUCAAUCAACCUCAUUCUCAUAUCUACACCCUCAAAUUAAUGACAUCGCGCAUCACCCAAUUGGGAAAACAACUCUUCACAAUGGCUCAAAAGACCAAGACCGACAUCACCCUCUACACCACCAACACGCCCAAUGGUAUCAAACCCUCGAUCCUGCUCGAGGAACUCAACCUCGAGUACAAGGUGUAUCCUAUCAAGAUGACCGAGAAUGAGCAGAAGGAGGAGUGGUUCCUCAAGAUCAACCCCAACGGUCGCAUCCCUGCUCUCACUGAUACUCUCGACGGCAAGCAGAUCCGCGUUUUUGAGAGUGGUGCUAUGCUGCAGUACCUCGUUGAUCGCUACGAUAAAGAUCACAAGCUUUCGUUCCCUCACGGGUCUGCUGAGCAUUGGGAGAUGACCAGCUGGCUCAUGUGGCAGAUGGGUGGCCUCGGACCCAUGCAGGGUCAAGCCAACCACUUCAAGCGCUACGCUCCCGAGAAAAUCGAGUACGGCAUCAACCGCUACACUAACGAGACACGCCGUCUCUACCGCACUCUCGACACUCACCUCGCCCAGACAGAAUCCGGCUACAUCGUCGGCGACAAGGUGACCAUUGCCGAUAUUUCCAUCUGGGGCUGGGUCUCCAGCGCAAGUAAGUCUUCCCUCUCCUCAUGCGUCACCACCACCGUUUCCUGACGCCCAAUAGAAUGGGCUGGUGUUGAUCUCUCCGAGUUCCCCAACCUCGAGAAGUGGCUCUACAAGCUCCUCGAGCGUCCUGGUUUCGAAGCCGGCCGUCAUGUUCCUACGCGCCACACCGCGUUCGAGCUGGCCAAGCUGAGUGAGGAGGAACUUGAGGCCAAGGCUAGUGCGUCCAAGGCUUGGGUCCAGGCUGGUAUGAAGGACGAUGCGAAGAAAUAAAUAAUGACAGCAUAAAUGAAGCGUAAUACAUUCUGUUUUGACCAUGUCUCGAAUUACUUGUAGCUGUCUUACUUCUUCACAACAGCCAGCUGGCUUCGAACUGGCACGUUCUCCUCCCUGCCAACCUCGGGGAAUCCCUCAACCUUGACGCCCUUGCGGAAGAUAACACAAUGCGUCGAGCCUCCAAAAUGGAACAUGCCCGUCUCCUGUCCCUUCUUGACGUGCUGUCCCUCCUUUACAGUGAUCUCACAUGUACUAACCUCAUCCAUGCCAAUACCAACGAACGCAAUGAGUCCAAUUGCCGGCUCAUCAGCCUCAAUCAGAAUGAUAGCCCUCGUCGCCAAUGCGCUCAGAUAUCCCUGACUCUGCGAUAAUCCCGCUGACGAGAUCUCCGUCGAUCCAGGCUCGCCUACACCUUCGAAUAGAGGCUCGCUGAAAUACGUACCGUCUUGGACAAAGGCACGUACUACCUUACCCGAUACGGGAGUGUGCCAGCGGUGAUAGGAGAGAGCGGACAGGAAGGCUUGAUAGAUGGUUCCGCCGGCGAACUUCUCAGCGAGAGGAUCAUGAGCCAGCAUAUCGAGGAUAGAGUAAGGCUGGCCCUUGGCAAAGAAACGGUCGCGGAGUUUCACGUCGCGUUCGAUGUUAUAGACGCGUGAUUCGCAGCAGUUGGCGAUGACGAGGUCGUCAUCUGGUGAAGCAACGGGACGAGCGCUGUCGCGAACCUUGCGAGUGAAGAAGUCUACCAAUUGUGAGCUAUGGUUCAUAGUGGCGAAGCGGUUGACUUACCAUCCCAGGACUUGAAGCCGUAGUAUUUGGCUGAGGGAUCACACUCAAAAACCUCCUCAAACUUAAAGUUCGUCUUAUUGGGCUUGUUGGCGACCUCGACGAGGUCAUUCAGGCCUACUGGGCCAAACCAACCUUGCUUGUGAUCUCCCAGGACCUUGGCAGAUUCAGGCGUCUAUCUAUCGUCAGUAUUACUCUCAUGAUAGCUCAUAUAGAGCAACAUACCAUAAGAAACUUGCCCCAGUGGUUGAGAACUUUCUUCAGCAUCCGAUUCACAUCAGGGUCGAGAAACGCCGCAUAACCACUAUCUCACUCAUCAGCAAUCACGCAUCACUCAUCAAUCUCAUAUCUCAAAAGGCUCACCUGGGCGUUCCCAUAGGAUAGUCAAAGAUGGCACAAAGCGGCACGCCUACCAUGCCCACGCUCUCCGCCGCAUCCGUCCACUCUGGCGCCGUGCUAAAGAUGUGAUUGAGCACCUGCAGCAUAUGCUCAUAGUCUCUUAACUGAGGUGUCCCAGUGGGGUCAUUCUCGUAGGGAUGCUUCUGGGGGAUCUCCUCAAACAUCUGGAUGAAGUACAUGUACACGCGGGGCGUCUUCUCGAUAAAGUCCUUGAACUCUUGGAGAACGGGGGUGAGCUCUUUGGGGUUCUCAUCAGCGUGUUUUGUGACGCGGCGCAUGUACUCUCUGUGCACGCGAUGGUCGGCGGGAAGCCAUGCUCCGGGUCUGCAAGUGUUAGUUCAUGCUGAGCUUGUGGUUGUGGUUGAGAGUGUAGGUCCUACUUGUGAAUCCGGUGCUUGGCGGGGAUUUUAUGAUGAUCUCCGUGCUGAUGAACCAUUGUCACUGAUGAUAUCUUAUACUGAAGCAAUUGCAAGCAUGCAAAUGAAUUCUAAAUGCCAAGAGAGGUUUCAAGAGAUCUCCCGAUCUAUAUAUAAAUUCCCCAUAAUCUACCAAGUUUCUCAAGCC